AUGUUCAAGCGCGCGUUCAGGUCGCAGGACCAGGCCCAGAGCCAGAACCGCGUCGACAAGGCGGCUCGGCUGAAGAAGUCGGGAGGCUCCUCCGCCAAGGAGCACGUCAAGGCGAAGCCCGUCAACAUUACUCCCUCACCGAUUGUCACCCUCACUAUUGGCCGCGAGGGACGGCUCUUUGCCGCGCACGAGGAUGUCCUCAGCCAGUCGCCCUUUUUCGAGGCGGCGUGCAAGCGGGAAUCCUUGGACGUCAUGAACAAGAGAAUCUCCCUCCCUGACGAGGAGCCCGAGAUCUUUUCUGCCGUCCUCGAGUAUCUCUACAAGGGCGAUUACUAUCCCCGCCUGGUGCACAACCGGCACCGCAACUCGUGGGAGCUCGAGGACCGCAUGAGGACUCCUCAGAAGCCAUCGCCAAACCCUGAUAUCGGGGGCGGCCACGCAGGCACGGCGUCCGAGGCCGCCGUUUAUCUUUCCAGCAUUGGGGCCGAGAUCCUCCGCGACACCGUCAUCUACUGUGCCGCGGACAAGUACGGCCUCGAGGAGCUGAAGCGUCUGGCCCUCCGCAAGCAGGGGCUGCAGGCCGGCAUCGAUGUCGGCACGAUCCUGCGGUCUGCCCAGUAUGCCUACGCCAACACGCCGGACUCGGACAGCCGCCUGCGCGCCCAUUACCUGGCCCUGAUCAUUCGCUGCCGCAAGACGUUUAAGCGCAGCGGCACGAUGCAGGCCGAGAUGGAGGCGGGUGGCAGCAAGCUGUUCUUUGACCUGUUCGUCGCCAUGUGCAAUCAUCUGGACGACGUCAUUGAUGUUACCAAUGGCCGCACUCCAAAGACUGUAUGA